AACCCAACACCUCAAUUGACGAUCUAUUAGCCGAACAUUUUCGUCCCAUAGUAACGAGUCCUGUACGUGUCCUACCCCUCCAUCCCGUUCUGUUACCUUCCGCAAUAUGCUCCCUGCUGUCGAGUUUUUUUCUUUUCUUUUCUUACCCUUCCCUUUCCGUAGCUAUCGGGGGAGGCAUUUUUCUUUUAACCUGCGGUUCGGGUUUAGGGUUUUUUUUCUGGGUGAGUAUCUAACGUGAGACAUGCGUGUAGGUAUUCCUGCUUUUUUUCCCUCCCCUUCACAUUACACCUCAGCCUCACGUAUCACCGACGAUAACAUUGCGACAAAUCCACCUUGGGCUGCAAUAUAGAAGGGUAUAAAAGUCACCGGAGUAUUGAAGCGCGAUAGAACCCCCUUUGGAUUGUUUGUGUUUUCCACAUAAUCGUCAUUGGGGAACAAAGCUCUUGUGUCUUUGUUUGGUCGGUUUUUUCCCGUCUUUCCUUUCCUUUUCUUUUAGGGCCGAAACAUUCCGUGCAUUCUUCACCUAGUCCCUCCUCACUUACCCUCUGCUCCAUCGACGUCAAGCGAGAUGUUUCUUUCGGUCCGGGGUUCCAGUGUUUUUGAGAGAUUGUGGUUGACUUAGUUCUGUUUCCUCCACGUGUUUCUUGAGUUAGCCUGUUCUGACGUGUUUCGGGUAGUCGUAAAGGGGUUUUCAAACAUCCGAAAGCAGUAUCAUCCGUUGCGAACCCUUGGGUCCAUUUCAUCAGAUUUGCAUCGCUACCCUUGAUAUCGGUUAAGUUAAUUGGUAUUGUCUCUUGCCCUUUUACUCAUUUGAUCCGAUUGGUCCUUUCACCACUUGAAACCUCUUUUUUUAUUUUUAUUUUCUAUUUGUAUCGGGGAGAGGGAGAGGGAGAGAUUAGAUACCACGGCUCCGCUCCCCGCUUGUUUGCAGCUGCUAACACUGGAUCGCUACCGCAGUUUGAAUUAAACGUUUCUUGACCUUUCGGUUGGCGUUAAGAUGGCGACCCGAAUGACAUUGUACAAAUUAGUUGUAUUAGGGGAUGGAGGAGUGGGGAAAACCGCCUUGACAAUACAGGUUUGUAGGACCUCGGGGAUCCCUGUUUCCUCUUUUUGACCCCUCGCGAAAGAGGAUUUGACUCUGACAGAUUAACGAUAGCUUUGUCUGAAUCACUUUGUCGAGACGUACGACCCUACAAUUGAGGAUUCCUACCGGAAGCAGGUAGUCAUCGAUAAUACGGCCUGUAUGUUAGAAGUGCUGGAUACGGCUGGCCAAGAAGAGUACACGGCUCUCAGGGAUCAAUGGAUCCGGGAUGGUGAAGGAUUCGUACUUGUAUACAGCAUUUCCUCUAGAUCAAGCUUUACUAGGAUACCACGAUUUCACGGGCAAAUAUUACGGGUGAAGGAAUCCUCAACAACUGGUGCGUCGAUUGAAUAUGGAGGAUCUUCGUUUUACUAACUGGUUCUAGGUGGAAACUACCCCGCUAAUAACAGCGUUCCGAUUAUGCUUGUGGGCAACAAAUCUGACAGGGUCACCGAACGAGAAGUCUCGACACAGGAAGGCCACGCACUGGCUAGGGAUCUUGGAUGUGAAUUUGUUGAGGCUUCCGCGAAGAAUUGCGUGAAUGUCGAGCGGGCGUUUUACGACGUUGUGAGGAUUCUCCGAAGGCAGCGACAAUCUAUUGCGAAGAGGACUCAAGGCCCUGGCGUCAACGAUGGAAAUGAGCCUCAACUUGGCAGACCCGGCGGGAAGAGCAGGAGAGGUCCUAGAAAUGGGAGGAAGUCUAUUUGUAUCAUUCUGUGAACGCGUUUUACUCGCUAACUGAUUGGUACUCAUUCUCUUCUCUGUUGGUUUUCCCUAUUUCUUACUUUCUUUGGUCCGAGGUGAGCUUUUGCGAGCGUUCCAACAAUCUAGGAAAAAAAUACAUUUUUUCUCAUUCCCCAAAUCUUGAUUUUCGUUUGCAAAUGGGAGGGUACGUUAUGUCGUAUGAUUCUUUUAUUUUCUUUCUUCUCUUUGCCCCUUUUAUAACCUUUCUCCACUUGCUUCAUUUCUCAAUUUUUAUUUCUUUUCCUUCUCAAGCUGUCCUUAUUGAAACCUGGUGUCAUGAUUUACGCUUGUCGGGGUUAUUAUUAUUAUUAUUCUACGCUCGGUGUUGAGAUUGGUUUUUUUUUAUUGUCUACUUUUUACUACUAUAUUUAGGGAGAAAAAAGCUUUUUUUCUUUUUUUCUUUUCACUUUGUUUCCUUUCUUUUUCAAAUUUCCUUUUAUAACGCUGAUGUCUAGUGAGUAAGUAUGGAGGGGGGGGCCGGUGCGAAGUAUUCAUUGGAUUUGAAUUGCAAUUGGGGGUUGAUGGUGCGGGGUGGUAGAUUUGUGCGUGGUUGUUGAGUGCGCGGGGGAGGGGGGAGGGCUUAAAGUUGGGAGGGAGGGGAAGAGAGAAUAUUACUGAUUUAUACCCUUCGCCUUCGAUAUGAUAGCGUAUUGUGAUGGUGUGCAAUCAUGAUUGUCAAGUCUGUGGUAACCCAACGCUUCGUGGUUUGUCUUUCUGUUGACCUUCUUUUGUUGCUGGUUGGUGAUGGUGGGACGGAUCAACCAUCAGCAGGGUCGGGGCGAAAUGCGAGAUCUUUGAAGAUA